AGUAAACGUUUCCAGUUUUGCGACGGCAAACAGGUUUUUCUCAAACCACAAAGCAAAGGAAAAUAUAAGCAAAGACAGAAAAAAUAUCUGAUUUAAAGACUGCAAACCAGUUAGUGCGCUUUAGUAAACAAAAAGGCAAAAGAAAAAAUAUUGAAAAAAAAAUUGUGCAAAAUGGUGAAAAGUGUUAACGACAUGGAUUUCAAAAGCAAUUUCUCCAUCGAUGCCAUACUCGCAAAGAGUUCGUCGCAUUCACGUCACACUCAUCCAUAUAAACUUCAGCAUGAACAUCAUCAAUUCCAACAACACCAAGUCGGUUUGCAAUGCAAACCACUGCAAGCGCAUUCCGCCGGGCAACUCUUUGUCGGUAGCGAGCUAUCCGGCAUGGAGGAAUUAGGUAGUCCCACCCGCACCAGCACACCCAUGAGCAGUGCCGCCGAUUCACUCACCUCCGGCGAGGACAAGCUCGAAGAAGGCGACAGCUGUGACGACUAUUUGGAUGAUGAAAGCGGCAAUGACGACGAGAAUACCAAACAGUUGAAUGCCGGUGACGGCAACACCGAAGGCGAUAGCAAUAAAAAGCCACCUUUUAGCUACAAUGCGCUCAUCAUGAUGGCCAUACGGGACAGUUCAGAGCAGCGGCUAACGUUGAACGGCAUCUAUCAGUACCUCAUCGAUCGCUUCCCCUACUUCAAGAAGAACAAGCGUGGCUGGCAAAACUCCAUACGCCACAAUCUCAGCUUGAACAAAUGUUUCACGAAGAUACCACGCAACUAUGACGAUCCCGGCAAAGGUAACUACUGGAUCUUGGACCCCAGCGCUGAAGAGGUUUUCAUCGGCGAGACAACUGGCAAGCUGCGUCGUAAGAAUCCCGGCGCCAGUCGCUCACGUUUGGCGGCCUAUCGUCAGGCGAUCUUCUCACCACUGAUGGGCGCUUAUGGCGCAGCUUCCGCAUUGCCCAGCUAUCACGGCGCAACAUCAUUUGCCGGCGCUGCUAGUUAUAUGGGCGCCGCAGCAGCCGCAGCUGCACUCUACCAGCGUAUGGCAGCACCACCAUUGGCCGCAGCAGCCGCUUAUCACCAGGCUGCCAUGUAUGCCAGUUCUCCACAAAUGGCAGUAGCACCAGCACCACCACCACCGCCACCAACCCACCAGUUGAGUGUCGGCUACGGCCCGGCGGCAUAUGGUGUCAUGCCCGCACUACCCACCGCCCCAGCGCAUAUGUCUAACGAACUGUUCCAGCGCAUGCAGUUGUUCGGCAAGUUCCCGGCCAGCUAAGCAGCCGCACGAGCCGCAUGCCAACGGCUGAGUACAUAGUACGAAUCAGCGUUUUACAUAACCACCAGGGAUACAGCGUUGACGGAUUACAGCUAGCUUCAGGAGUUCUACUCAAUAGGUUUGUGCGGAAGCGGUGUGAGCGGGACGCGCAGGCGCACCCCGGCGGCAAUUGAAUGGUAAAUCAACACCUGACUAGCAACGGCGAAUGCAAGCAGCAGGGCUUUUGGUCUAACGAAUGUUUAGAUACAACAACUGGACGGCGUAGUGAGAUGCCUCCAGUCGGAGACAGUAGCCGCUUCAUUGGAUAUGAGCAUGUAAAAGCAUAGGAUUUUCACUUUUGUUUAAUACAUAAACACUAAAAUGUAAAAAAAUAGUCUGGAGCAAUGAAAUUAAAAA